AUGGGUAUUGUGCAGAUCCUUGUUGUGGUUUUCCUGUAUGUGAACAGUCUCCUGAUUGUCACCUUCUUCAAGAAAGAAGCUUUCCGGACGAACAUGCGUUAUAUGUUUUUUGCACACACACUAGUGGUUGACUGCAUAUUCCUGCUCCUGACCAAUUUGGUCCUCCUGUGGAGUUACUUUAACAUCCUAAUAACCGCAUGGUCUUGUAUUUUAGUCUGCUUCAUUAUGGGAAUCCUAACUUACGCCACCCCGCUGACCCUCACUGCCAUGUGUUUGGAGCGCUAUGUGGCCAUCUGUAUGCCCCUGAGACACGCGGACAUUUCCACAACCAGCAGGGCCAUUUCUUCCAUCUUAAUCAUUCUGGCUCUGAGCGCCAUACCUUCUACUCUCAUCCUCACCAUUCUCUUUUCUUCAGUAUCGCUCAGUUUUUACACGACACGCACAAUCUGCACCGUCGAGAUAACGAUCGUGCACAAGUGGCAAUCCUAUCUGAGGUCUGCUAUAGCGCAGUUCUGUUUUUUCGUCAUGGCAAUUAUCAUUGCAUUUACCUACCUUAAAAUAAUGGCAGCAGCCAAAGCCGCAUCCUCAGAUAACAAGAGGUUGGCUUCCAAAGGCUCUAAGACAGUGAUUCUGCACUCCAUGCAGUUGCUUCUCUGUCUAACCGAGAUGUUGUGCCCAUUCAUAGAGAUGGCUGUGUAUGAGGUAAACAUGCAGCUAUUUCUUGACGUGAGAUAUUUCAAUUAUCUCGCCUUUAUUUUAGCUCCAAGAUGUCUAAGCCCCCUUGUGUAUGGUUUAAGAGAUAACAAAUUCUACCUGGUUUUAAAAUAUUAUGCCUUAUUUGGACUAAAUAAAAAAUAUCCCCAUACUACAUGA